GGCGCUUAAAAAGCCAACCGCCCUGGCCGCAAGCAACAGCACGCGCCCACGCGACCCACCAAUGUCGACCAUCGAAGGGCUUGAUCCGAGGGCCGCCGUCGCCGACAUGACCAACGCUUUCAACGACUAUGUCUGCGACACGGGCGAUGCGCUCAAAGCUGCGCUCAAGAAGCUCCCCGAGCUGGCCGAGAAUCACCAGGACAUUGAGCAGGGCGUCGACCGCUGGCUGCUCAAGGUGCAGCGGGCAGCGGACGUGAGCUUCGAUCGCUUCGAGGCCAGCGCGCUCGAGCAGAGCUUUCACGUCCCCGACGGCCUGAUGGCGGCGUCGUCCGGCGGGGCGGCCGGCGCGGACGAGGAGGAGGCGGAGGCGGCGCAGCUGUGGGAGCAGCUUCAGCAGCGCGUCGCCGCCAAGCGCGAGCUGCGGCGCAAGAUUGCGGCGCUGCGGAGAUUAGAGCUCGCGUGGGAGUCGCAGCGGCCAAGCUUCGAGCAGCUGUCGGGGCUGUCGAGGGCGGAGGGCGUGCACGCGGUGAUGGACAAGGCUGCGCGGCUCAAGCGGGUUCUGGGCGGGCUGGGCGGCGCGCGCGACGGCGGCGCCCUCAUGGCCAAGGGCGGGUGCGGCGGCGGCGCUCCCCGCCACCACGAGGCUAUCCGCACAGUCUCGCUUUCGGACUUGCGGCAGCUGUCGACCGCACUCUGCUCCUAGCCUUUGGACCAGCCGCCUUGUGUCGGGGCGUGUGUCCGCAGCUUGGGGUCGAAGCGCGCGGUCGGACCCAGUGGCGCGCCACUGCGGAGGGGCAGCUCGGCGGCGCCGCCUCGGUCCCCGGCCGUGAUGGGGGGGCAGCCGUAGCCUCCUCGCCGGUCGGAGAAGGGAGGCGGGGCGGGCUGCGGGGGACCCGCGGGGGGCAAAGAGGGCCCAAGCACAUGUGCAUGCACAUGUGCAUGUGCAUGUGCAUGCAGUGCGGAUGCUGGGGCCUGGGCGUCUGGGGGGGGGGCACUCUCACUCGGGCGUCGGGGGGUCUCUCCGCGCGCGGUAGAGCUAGUAAGAGGGGGGCGGGGGAGGUAGAGCUAGAGGCCGCGGAUACCGGGUAUCCCGGAUGUGCCGGCCGGAACGCCCUUGGGGAGAUAAGUAACCGACAACUCGCAGAGUCCGCAGUGUGUGUCGUGAUGUACUGGAUGUACAGCGUUGCAUGUGACUAAAUACGUACCCUGGUACCCACAGGGUACGGUGCAGGGUCC